AUGAUAAUACGUGUUGACAAGUGCUCUUCAUUUGGAAUUAAAAAACGCUCAUCUAAGUCUAUCCAGUACCAACCUAAGCUGUUCGUUAAUAACCAACUUAUACCCCGUAUCGAACUCGGAGAAUCUUUCCGCUAUCUUGGUCGUUGUUUCGAUUUAAACAUGUCCGAUGAAAGACACAAAUCCGAAUUGUGUGAUCUGUUUAAUGAUAUUAUAUCGAAAAUUGAUAAAUUACCUUUACACCCCCGAAACAAAAUUCUUCUAUAUAGUCGCUACUUACUCUCAAAAAUCUCAUGGAACUUAACAAUAACGGAUAUAUCUAAAACUUGUUUCUCGUUCAACUUUAAAAGCGCUAUAAACGAAGACAUCAACAAAUUAUGGUCAAUAACAAGCACGAACAAGAAUAUUCAGUAUGAUAUAUAUAAAAAUGCGAAGGAUGUCUUGAAAGCCUUUAGGAAUGAAAAUGAACAGAGACUACAAAACCACCUUAUCUCACAAGGUUCUUUCUUCUCAAGUAUCAUCAAAAACUCCACUUCAUCAUUCAAUUCCUUAUGGUCAUCCGUUCAAUCCAGACUUCCUAAGAAUAUAUUUAAUUUCACUGUCCGUUAUAUCAACAACUCCCUCCCUACUCGGAAAACCUGGUCAAAUGGGGUCUGUCAUCGUCUGCCGAUUGUUCCUUUUGCUCCUCUCCUGAGUCACUCCUGCACGUCAUCUCUGGUUGUAAAGCAUACCUAG